CUGAUUUUAAAACUAAACCUAACCUGAAACUUAAGCACAAUGCUAACCAUAACCUUUGUUUCAAAUUUUUUUUUUACGAUAAAGCCCCAUUUUUACUUUGUGGCUGUGGUAACUAGUGGAAAAUAAGUUGUUAUGCAGCUAUUAAAUACACGCAGCUAGUUAACGUUACAGCUCGUCCUGAAGUCAGAUGAUUGAAUAACAGUCGGUUUCUUGCUUGUUAGCUACGGUAAAUACAACAAACACGGCUUACAAGCUACCUAGUUUAGCUGCUUAGCUUGUACACCGUGUUCUUGUUCAACAAUAAAAGUUUUGUACCUAACGUGUAGCUACAAUACUCACUGCCCCCGAAACGCAACACUGACAUCUACAGUAAUCUGUUACUACUAGACUCAACAAGAAUGGCUCCUCACAAGGUUGUUGUAAAGUGUGGGAGCUAUGCUGUGUUGGUGGAACUCCAGAUCAUUGGGCCUCUGGGCCGCGGAGCACCACAGGAAACCAGCUGGUUCACUAUGGAGCACACUGAGGAGGUCACUAGUCUGGUGAGAGAUGCUGUGGACCGGAGGGUGAGGCUCUACAUAGACUGCCUUCACAAGAGAGGACAGCCCAAACACAAGAGAGAGCUGCCACGUGCCAACCCCCUCUGUGUGAAAGGUAGUCCUUUUACCUGUGACCUCUGACCUCCCCCUAACCCUUCACAAGAGAGAGCUGCCACGUGCCAACCCCCUCUGUGUGAAAGGUAGUCCUUUUACCUGUGACCUCUGACCUCCCCCUAACCCUUCACAAGAGAGAGCUGCCACAUGCCAACCCCCUCUGUGUGAACGGUAGUCCUUUUACCUGUGACCUCUGACCUCCCCCCUAACCCUUCACAAGAGAG